AUGGCCGCUCCCGCUGUGGGGCACAGCCCCGAGCAGCCGUCGGUGCUGCUCCCGCAGCUCUCCAUGGACCUGCUGCAAGUGAGUGAAGGCGGGGGAGCGGAGGGGGCGGCUUCGUGCGCCGCUUUCUCCAGGCCCGGCUCCGUCGGCUGUUUGUCAGCUCGGGAAACGGGGCUCUCUCUCGGGCUGCGGCGGGGGAAGGUGGGAAGGUGAGAGAUGGGGGUCCUGAGGAGCCCCGGCGGGUAAUCCUCGUCGUCGUCCCCUCACCUCAGCUCGGGGCAGCGAGCGCGGGCUGACGUUGGGACUCCGGGUCGGGGAGCGGGCGGGAUGGCCUGUGCUGCGAAGGGCGCUGGGGUCGCUGUUUUGGUGGAGACGGGAUGGGAUUGUGUGAAAGAACAAGUUCGAGAGAAAGAAAGAAAGAAAAAAGGAAUAGGUUUAGGACCUUUCAUGGAGUAGAAUGGUGGACGUGUUUCCCUCGCUCACAUUCACACAAACACACGCAUGCACGUGUCUUCUUCCCUCAAGUUAAAACCAUGCUGCUGCUGCGUUUACUACUUGGUCUGUGGCUGCAUCUUGAACCCCAGCCGUACCAUUACUAAGCCGAACCUUUUUCGGUCCUCUUUUUUUCCUUUUGUGAUUUUUCAAGAUAAUGUUGGGUGUCUCGCGCAUUCUUCUGUGUUGAGGCGUGCACGUUUUUUGCUUGGGUUGCUUGUUUCGUGGGUCAUUCGUGUCCAUGCGUUUUUGUAUUUUGAACUGCCGUGUGGUCCUUGGGUGAAGGGGGAACGCAAAGUUAAUAAAUAUGUAAAAUAUAUAAAAAUAGUGUUUCGUGAGAUGGUCUGAAUGAAGCAUUUGCCCAUUGUGCCAUUUCUCAUAUCCCUAUGCAAAUUGUGUUUUUUAUAUUUAAUGAAUAAAGUAAUAAUAAUAAUAUUUAUUGAAUUUCUGUUCUGCCGUUCAUCCAAGGAUCACAGGGCGAUCUUUCUUUCUUUCUUUCUUUCUAUACCUCCCUAUACCUGAAGGUCUUAGGGCAAUUCACAUAAAAUAUCAAAUACAUAAAAUCAAAACAAAAACAACAGCCCAAUUUUAAAAACCCAAAAAAGAGCUUACAAUAUAAAAACUCAUAAAUGCAUAACAUAGUGACAAACAAAAACAAUACAGCAACAUUCCCCUUCACCUGUGAAUUACAAAGAAGAUGGGUAAUGGCUGAACAAGUAAGUGUGUUUAAGGAAAUAUUGACCAUCAUUACUUGUAAGAUACUGAGAAACCUUGAAGCUUCUUUCAGUACGCUUUGGAGACUGUAUUUUCAGCAGCAUAUAACUUGGUUGUAUAGCUGACACCAAAUACCUAUGAUGAAAGUUCGUUUAUUAUGUGAACUGGUCAUGUCCCUAAGAAGAAAUAAUAUUUGAUUACCUACAUAUUUCUUAUAGGCACACAUUAAAGUUGAAAAUGAAGAUGACGUACACUUUGUGUCUUUUAAUCGCAAAGAAACACCCUUUGUGAAAGUUAAAAGUAAGUUCUUUCAUUUUUCCCAUUAACACCUGAUGGAAUUUCUUACAACAGAAACUCAUUUGAUAUACUGCAAUCUUCAUCUAAGUAUGUUUGUGAUUAAAAUUCGGAGAAUCUUGAGUAGGAAGCUGCUGCCCUGCAACUUUCUAUUCUAAAGUUUAGUCCAUGUGAAAGUAAUGAUAAGUUUAUACAAAUGGCAAAGUUAUACAAAGUUAGGUAUUGUUGUAAAAGAUUGCCUAUUCAUUUUUAACAAUGAGCUAUACUGUGGGGUAAGGGACUGGCGUAAAGGCAACCACCAUACUCCCUGAUAACCAUACUCUGUCAUCACUGAAUGGGAAAAGGAAAACCCACGACUCUGAAAAACACAGAAUGGAACACCACCACCAGUGCCCACCAAUCAUGGGCCAUGCCGGGCAAAAGCAAUUGCAUCCAAACCAGGUUUUGUUCAACAAUCCACCGUUCCUCAGGUUUGGCACCACAGGGAAAUGUUGUUCGUUUAACAGUAGACGUGUUAUCUUUGUAACCACGCAGGAUAUGGGGAGCAAAUUAACCCAGGGCUCAUGCAGGCUCAUUCAUGUGACAGGAAAGAAUGGUUCCCCAUUACAUAUGAAUUGGCACAGCGAAAAGGGCCUGAGCAAAUUUAUGGCUGUGCAUAAAAGCCAAAUGUAUAUUGGCUGAUAAUUGUGAACUUUUAUAACUGCUUUGAGGGUGUGUUUUUUUACAAACAAGUGGUAAAGAAAUUUUAUUGAAUGAAUGAAAUGAAAUACAGUAUCCAUUUAAUUUUCUUUUUUAUAACAAUUAGGCCCCUCCUGUAAAGAUCUUGCAAUCUGAAGGCAACCAAAUUCCAACUUGCUUCAUUGUUGAAGUGACUGAUCUCAGGCAGGAUGGUUUGAUUCAUCACCGUGUUGAUCAGCACUUGAUGAUACAUGUGAGAACUCUUAGGCUAACAAACCACUGUUUAAACCUGUACAGAGUCUAUAAACAGCAGAAAGCCCCGCUAUGAUGGAUCAUUGGUUCAUUUGACCAGGAGAUUCAUGGACCUUGUCAAAGUCUCACCAGAAGGUGUUCUUGAUUUAAAUGAGGUUUCUCGGACACUAGGAGUGCGGAAGCGAAGAGUGUAUGAUAUCACAAAUGUGCUGGAUGGAAUACAUCUUAUUCAGAAAAGGUCCAAGAACCUUAUCCAGUGGGUGUAAGUUGAUUUUCCUUUAUGGCUUUAAAACAAGAACUGAGAUCUUGUGUUAAUUAAGCGCAGCGUUACUCUGUCUGUACUUUUUAUGGAUUGGACACGUACUAGAGCAGUGCCUAUCCUUCUGAACUCCCUCCUGCUGCAUAUCAGACUUUUUGGUGCCUAUCAAAGACCUUCCUUUCCCAAUAAGCCCAAGUAAAGAUUUUUAUCCCAGUCUGAUUAUGUUGUUUUUUUAAAAAAGAUAUUUAUUGAAAUUUUCAAAAUGUUACAAAAAAUAAAAAAUAAAAUAGAAGUCGAAGAAAGUACAAAAAAUAAAAAUAGUUGACAAAGUAGGAAAAGAAAAAAACAAAAAAACCAAACCCCUUCCCACCAUAUGAGAAAAAAUUCAAAAUAAGAAAAAAUGACAGAAAAAAGGAAAAUACAAAAAUCACAAACCUUUAAAAACAUUUAAAAACAAAUUCAUUAUUUUCAAAUCCUUAACUGUCAUUGCCUUCUUUCUUAGACCUCCUCCUCCUCCCUUUCUUUGUAUCCUAGUUAUUAAUUAUCCCAGCAAAUCCUUUCCAUGUUUCAUAAAAUUCUGUCCUUGCAUUACCCUAAACUAUUUUGAUCUUAUCUUUCUAUAAUAAAAUAAACCUUAAAACUUAAAAACUUAAAUCUUAUCCUUACCAACUUCUCAUAACCAUAAUAUUCUUUCAUACUUCUUUAAACAUCUUUGCUAAAGCCAAGUAAUUUCAUUCCAACAUUUUUCUAUCAUUCAUCACUUUUAUAAAGCAGUUCUAAUGGUAGAAAAAAGAGGUACAAACAGAUCCACUCUUCAUCCAGCGUCCCUUCCUCCUGGUUCCGGGUUUUGUCAGUCCUUAUUCCCGUCAAUCUAGCCCAUUAACCUGGCAACCUUAUAUCCGAGGCCCUCAAGUCUCUUCCAUGUCCCUUCCGCGGCUUUUCUUCAUAUUUGUAACUGUAUUUUCCCUUGUCUCCUGCUCGUGGUAACUCCAGCUUGACAAUGUUUUUAGCCCUUCUCGACAAAUCAGCCCCUUUUCCAUGUUCAACACUAAAUUCCAUGUAGUAUUUAAAAGCAUGUUUCAAAGACCCUCCAAAAUUGAGAGCCCCCACAGUCCCAAACAUCUCACGGCCCGUUGCCAUAUUUGAGAAGUCCAAACGUCCCAGCAUAGGGGGGUCAAUCCAGCCCCCCAUUUCCAAACCAAGCCAAACUUUUCCUUUCCAAAUCUGGCUUUUUCCAAGUUCAUUUGUCAAAUCCGAAAAAUCAUAUUCCUGUUGGGCCUGUUCUGUCAAAACACACUCCUGAUUUAAUGUCAAAAACUCCUGUUCUGUCAAGACACUCCUGAUUUAAUUCCUGAGUGGGCUCCACAUAUUUUCCCACUGUCUGUUCAAAAUUUCCCACUGCCUGUUCAAAAUUUCUAGUCGAAGUCGCCAUCCAAUUCACCUUCUCGUGUAAUUGUUCCAGUAGGGCAUUUGUUUUAUAGAGAGCACACAACAAGGCUUCUGAAUACAUUGUCCUGCAAGGUUAGAUGCCUGUUCCCACGGUUGUAAUCUGUAACCGCUGCCGGCUCCCUGGAGUUAGUUACAGUUUCACAGUUACAGUUUCACAGACUCCCCCUAGGGGGAAGACUUCUAUUUGUUCUUGCAACAAAGUUUCCUUUUUUUUUAAGAUACUUUGUCCGUAUAUAUUCCUUUAAAAUGCGACAGGGAACAGUGGAAUCACUAGGUUUCUCUUCUUUUAGCUAUCUGUCAACGACACUUGUCUUUGGUCAAUGAACUUCAAACGUCAGUCCUGACACCCCGCUCCAGGAUCAGGACGGAGGAAAGUUACUUCACUUUAAAGUCACUUUAAACAGUCCAAAAAGAUCCCCCCCCCCUUCUCCUGCUGUCAAAGGGGGGUUCCACAAUUUUAAAUGGUGAAAUCCAAUCUUUUAAAAACGAUUUUCUGAGCUCUAGUUUCAAUUGUCUUUGCUUUAUUCUGUUUACAAAAGAACGGAAGGCUGACUUCCUGUUUAGACCUUCCCGUUCCGUACCAAAUUAGAGUAAAUUUUUAAAGUCCAAUUCUUUCCUGCUCGCAAGUCCUUAUUCGAUGUCCAAUUGUUCAAAGUCUAAGUACUCACGGGUGCUUAUUUUAAAGUCCAAAUUGUCCCAGGAAAAAGGCAGCGCUCUCCGGCAACGGCUAUGCGGCUUCACUCCACGGAAAUAGCAGUUGACUCACAGCACCGCGCCACUUCCCCCUCUUCACUUCGGAGCCCGUUAGUGGGUUCCUUAGCGGGUUGGGGGGGCGCUAAAGGUGCCCGCCGAGUCCCAUGGUCACAGGCUUCAUCCGCCUGUGAUUUUUAAGAGGGUCCCCGCUUCGCCGUAGCGGAGAAGACCCGUUUUCUGCGGAGCUAGUCCCCCAGUUCAGAGGGAGUCCGCCAUUGCCGGUGGCGCCACCCCGGAAUUAUGAUUAUGUACUGGAUUUCAAAUUGUUUGUUUUUAUACAUGUUUCAUUGUUUCUGUUUUUAUAGCUGAAUCACUUUGGGAUGUUUUAUGAGAAGCAAUUCAGAAAUGAUAUAAAUAAUCUUAAUUGAGUAAAAUGGCACUUGUUUGUACAUGGGUAUUUGGUUGUAGCCUUAAUUGCACUACCUUAUGCAACUCACAAAUGUAGAUUCAGUAUAUAAUACACAAAUAUAACAUAUAACACACAAAUACAUAGUCUGAUCCUUUGCAGAUGUUCAUGAGCUUAAGUGUGCCAAACUCCGCAGAGAACUAGGCUAUUAGUAAGUAUUCUCUAGGGCUUGGCUUCAUUUUAUGAAACAUGUAGCUGCCAAUUGAUAAAUGUUCACUUCCAAUAGUUGACCAUGUUCUUCCCAAAAGCUCAUCUAGAUAUUGGUAUGUAAUGCAAUGCUGCUUCUUUCUUUAGAGGGUGUGUGAAAGUCUAAAAAACUUCAUAUUCUAUUAUAGUGGAUCAGAUAUCAAGCAUAUUACUAUCAGGACACCAGAGCAUCAAAAGUUAAGAGAUGAACUUUAUGACUUAACAGAAAUGGAAGAAGCAUUAGAUGAAUUAAUCAAGGACAGUGCUCACCAAUUGUAUGAUUUAACAGAUGACAAAGAAAAGGCAAGAUAUCCUUUUUCUGAAGCAUUUGUAAGAGUUUUGACUUGCUGGCGUUGAGCAACUGCAAUUAAAAUAGUGCUAGUACUUCAUAUGAAAACAUACAUUCUACUGCUGUUGAAAUUCCUUGACAAUCACGUACACUAGCUUAUGUAACCUACCAAGAUAUCCGUAGCAUUCAGACUUUUCAAGAACAGAUUGUUAUUGCAAUCAAGGCUCCAGAAGAAACCAAAAUGGAGGUACCAGCUCCUAAACAAGUAAGUGCAUCCUGGCAUGUUUUAAAUCACCUGGGUGGGGUUGGAUGGCAGUUUAACAGACCUAGCUACACAUGUUUUAAGCUCAGACUUAAGGUAGGGGGCAGGCACUUGAACCAGGUCUCCUCCCUGAGUGGUAUCAUGUUCCUCUCCCACCCUGCCCACCAACCUGCCAGCCUCAGAAGUAAAGUAAGGUUAUAGAUGAGCAGCAUCUAUAGCAAAUGGGAUUUGGGACCCUUCUCAAACUUUUUGUGUGAAAAAAACAAUUUACUGUCCAGGACCUUAAUUUUUUAUUUUAUUUUUCAAAUAUGUCAAGGCCUUGAGUUUUACAACAUCUCUACCUCUACCUUUUAUGGGAGGGACGCGGGUGGUGCUGUGGGUUAAACCACAGAGCCUAGGACAUGCCAAUCAGAAGGUCGGCGGUUCGAAUCCCCGCGAUGGGGUGAGCUCCCAUUGCUCGGUCCCUGCUCCUGCCAACCUAGCAGUUCAAAAGCACGUCAAAGUGCAAGUAGAUAAAUAGGUACCACUCCAGCAGGAAGGUAAACGGAGUUUCCGUGCGCUCCUCUGGUUCGCCAGAAGCGGCUUAGUCAUGCUGGCCACAUGACCCGGAAGCUGUACGCCAGCUCCCUCGGCCAAUAAACCGAGAUGAGCGCCAGAGUCAGCCACGACUAGACCUAGUGGUCAGGGGUUCCUUUACCUUUAACUUUUAUGGGAAUGUUUACUACAGCAUGGGUCCAACCCUGCUCUCAGCCAAUGUUGGUGUCUUGCAGGACUGCAUAGAAGUACGCAUCAAAAGCACAAAGGGACCCAUUGAUGUUUAUUUAUGUGAAGUGCCGUUGGACGAUCCAAAUACUGAUGUUUUGAAAAAUAUGGAUAACAUUUCGUGCGAAAGUAGACAGGCAAUGGCUGAUUAUGGAGGUAAAUAUGGUAAUGGUAUGGAUGCUUAUAAAAAUGACAUGCAGCAAUUACAAGUUUCCUGCUCCUUGGAAACGUGGUUAAAACCUGUAUUGGCAUAAAUGCAUGUUGUCUGCUAAUCUACAGACACACCUAAUCUCAGAUGUGUGAUAAGGAAUCUUACUUUUUUAUUUUAAUUAUUUCAAUAUAAUUAAUAAACUGAUUAAGGAGUUUAGAGUAGGUGGCAGUUCAACAUCUGGGAAUAAAAUAGAAGCUCAGUAUGGACUAGGAAAAAACCUCAGUGGGCAGACAGAAGCUGGGUUAGAAAGAGCCACCCCUGAUCUAAAGUUUUAGUCUUGAACAUUGCGAAACGCUUAGGUUACAUUAAUAUCUGUUACAUUUCUGAGUUUUUACUGCUCAAGUUCACCCCACUGGUUUCAAUGUGAUUUAAAGCACAAGUUGUUUUUGGAUUUUACCCCCAUACCUAAAUAUGUUCGGCAGAUUACCUGAAUGUGGUUUGCUAUUCCAGUAUAUUCCUUUUCUUCAAAUGGCUUGUCUUUUGUGUCCACCUCUACAGUGAGCAAUAUCAGAGAUACGAAGAACUGCUAG